CGGGGGCACCGCGCCAUGGGCGGCGCCAUGUCGGGUGCGACGGGAGCCGCCGGGGGUCACACGCCGGCCCGCCCGCCCGCCGCGGCAGCCAUGGGACCGCGGGAGCCGCGCCACCGGCUGGAGGCGGUGCUCGGCGCCCUCUACGACCUGGGUGAGGAGCCCGGCGGCGGCCGGCGCGCUGCAGAGGACGGCGAAGCGAGAGCUGUGCCGCCGACAGUGGAGGAAGAAGAGGAGGAGCAAGAGGAGAGACGGGAGCCUCAGCCGGCGGCGGGCGGGCGGCGCGGCGCCCGCGGCUUCUUCGGGGAGCUGCGGGCCGAGCUGAGCGCCGCCGGCCCUGCCCCGCCGGCCCCCGCCGGCCCGCCCGCCGUGGAGGUGGUGGUGUUCCGCGGGAGGAAGAGGAAGGAGCGGCACGGCCCCUCGGCAGCGCCCGCCGGCACAGCACAGACCCAAAUAGUGAAUGAAGAGAAAAAUGCAGUCAGACAAGAAUUUAACUUUGAAAAGGCUCGCCUGGAAGUGCACAAGUUUGGAAUCACUGGCUACAAGAAGCAGGAGCAACGUGUUUGGGAACGGGAGCGUGCUAUCAUGCUGGGAGCCAAGCCCCCCAAAAAGGCACAUAUGAACUACAGGACUUACCAAGAGAAACUGAAAGAGAAAAAAGCAGUGAAAGAUGCUGAUAAGGAAAAGGAACAUAAAGGUGAUUCUCUUAAGAAGAAGAAGCAGAAAGAACAGAAGGAGAGGAAGGCCAAGAGGAAGAAAUCAGUGCCUAGCAUUUGGCCUGCAGGACAAGUUGGAAAAUUCAGAAAUGGGACCUUGAUUCUGCAAAGCCGUGACAUAAAGAAAAUUAAAUCAUCUAAAGUUAGCAAAUGAACUUCAUGAUACAGAGGGAAAUGGACAAUAUGCAUAAGAGAAUUCACGUUGCUAGCAACACAGACUUCUGGGGCCUUUUGCGUAUCCACCAUAUCCUAAUUUUUUAAUCUUGUUAUUGCAGGAUUUUUAUGUAACAUUCUGCCUUGGGAUGGAUAUUAGAAUUUACUAUUUUAUAAAUAAAGAUUAGAGUUCUUAUUAAGAAGGUUA